AUAUUUGAGCAACAAGUGACUGAGCAAAAUAUCAAUAACUCAUUUGAUUGUUGGGUCUGUCUGUUUAGCAUAGGCAUUGUUGCAGAGUGUGAGAGAGAGAGUCGACUGUUCAUCAUGGUACUUCCAUCAAAGAAGUUCAGAGGCGUCAGGCAACGCCAGUGGGGCUCUUGGGUUUCUGAAAUCCGCCACCCUUUAUUGAAGAAGAGGGUGUGGCUAGGAACAUUCGAGACGGCAGAGGAAGCAGCAAAGGCAUAUGAUCAAGCAGCAAUACUAAUGAAUGGUCAAAAUGCAAAGACUAAUUUCCCAAGAGAGAAGCACAAUUCAUCAAAUAGUAAUGGUACAAAUGGGCAACAAACAACUCCAUUUAACUCAGCAUUAUCAGAGAUACUUAGUGCUAAGCUUAAAAAGUAUUGCAAGGAUCCUUCUCCUUCACUCACUUGUCUUCGACUCGACACCGAUAACUCCCACAUUGGUGUGUGGCAAAAGAGAGCCGGAAGUUGCCCAAGCUCCAGUUGGGUUAUGCGGGUUGAACUUGGUAAAUCUGCGAUAGUUAAUUCAAAGCAAACUACUACUAAUACUAAUACUAAUACUAAUACUAAUACUAAUACGAGUGUCUUGUCUGAUAAUGAUGGUUCACCAUUAUCAUCCCCCUCUUCGAAUUCGACCUCGUCCUCGGUUUUAGAGGCAGGAGGAGGAGGAGGAGGAGGUGAUAUGAGUGAAGAAGAUAAAGCUGCGUUACAAAUGAUCGAAGAACUCCUCAACUGGAAUCCCCCUGCCUCUUCAUUAGCUUGAUCAAACUACUAACGAUGAUCAUUGCGAUUUCAUUAGUACCUACAGAAUUGAAGCUAAGUACUACCUCCGUUUCAGAAUGUUCUUUCAUGUAUAGAACGCAAAGCAGUAUAUGGCUAGUUUAAAUUUUAAAACUAUGGAUUAACGUACAACAUAGUUUUAAUGUCUAUACAAUUAUAUAUAUAUACCGAGUAUAAAUAUGUAAUGUUAGUUUUAAAAGACUGGUUAUAUAAAUAUAAUGUCAUAAAUUAGUACGGAGUAAAUGACUAAGGUAUACGGAGUAUAGUAUAAAGUAGUGUGACAUUCCAAAUGAAUAUGAAAUACGGAGUAUGUACAUAUAUAUUCUAUGAAUUUCAAAUAAAAUAUAUAUAUAUAUAUUUGUAGUUAUA